AUGGUGGACGGCGGUAGAAUCAAGCUGAAGACAUGGCAGCAGGGAGCGGUGGCAUUUGGUUCGGCAGUCGGAGCGCUUUUGAAUCCAAGGAGAGCUGAUUUGAUAGCGGCUCUUGGUGAAACAACCGGAAAACCUGCCUUUGAAAGGGUUCUUCAAAGGAUGAAAUCUUCCCCCGAAGGAAAGGUCGUACUGUUGGAGCGCCCUCGUGUUAUAUCUGCAAAUGUAGGACAUGCUUGGGACCUGCCAGCAAAUACAUUUGGUGCUGCCUAUGCUAGAUUUAUGGGGUCCAGAAACUUUUCACCAGACGACCGACCUCCUGUGCGGUUCAUGGAUACAGAUGACCUGGCCUAUGUUGCCAUGCGAGCUCGUGAAGUCCAUGACUUCUGGCAUACCCUUUUUGACCUUCCUACUAACUUGAUUGGGGAGUCAGCACUGAAAGUAAUCGAGUUUGAACAGAUGUAUCUUCCUAUGUGCAUCAUGUCUGUUAUAGGUGGCACAGCAAGAUUCAGCCAAAAACAGAGAAAAUUGUUUUUCCAGCACUACUUCCCAUGGGCUAUUCGUGCCGGAACACAGUGCAAUGAUCUAAUGUCUGUGUAUUAUGAGCAGCAUUUUCAUGAAGAUUUACAAGAUGUUCGCAGAAAACUGGGAAUUGUUCCCGUCCCCGCUGUUCCUUGA